CUUUUCUUUCGCACCCCCCUCGCGCUGUCGCUUCCUGGUGGCGCGUCGUGAUGACGUCACUCGCCAAGUUGCCGCGCCCCGAAUGUGCGUCAUCACGAAGGCCUAGUAACGGGAGAAAACAGGACGGGAGGAGUGACUGUCGGGAUGUGACGGGGUGCCCGGGACGGCCGCAGAGUUCUUCAGAAUGGUGGGCGCUGGUCAGGAGAUGGAAGUUCAGACGUCCUCAGCACAGCAGCCACCCCUGGUGCAGUCUACGGACACCAGUAGCCACCAGUAUGAGUGUCACGAUUGUGGGAAAGUCUUUAAGUGGUCCUCUAGACUGAUUCAUCACCAAAGGACUCACACGGGAGAGAGACCGUAUAAAUGUUCAGAGUGUCCCAAGGCCUUCAAAGGUUCUUCAGCGCUGCUCUAUCACCAGAGAAGCCAUACUGGGGAACGGCCGUACAAGUGCGGCGACUGCGGCAAAGCCUUCAAGCGUUCCUCCUUAUUGCAGAUCCACCAGAGCGUUCACACUGGAUUUCGCUCUUUCAAGUGCAAUGUUUGCGGGAUGGCGUUCAAGUGGUCCUCUCAUUAUCAGUACCACAUGAGGCAACACACGGGCGAGCGGCCGUACAAAUGCAACCUCUGCGACAAGGCGUUUAAGAACUCCUCCAGCUUGAGACGACACCGAAACAUUCACACCGGAGAGAGGCCGUACGUGUGUACUGUAUGCGGCAAGGCCUUCACCCAGUCUACAAACCUGAAGCAACACGAAAGGAUCCACACGGGGGAGCGUCCCUACAAGUGCAAUGAAUGCGGUAAAUCCUUCACCCAUUCCUCUAACCUUCUCCUUCACCAACGCACACACACUAACGGGCACACACACAAAUGUGACUUGUGCGGCAAGGUGUUCAUUUCAGAAGCUUUCCUGCAAAAGCAUUUGCAGUCACACACCGUUGAGCAGACUUUUGUGCCGGCUGAUACCGAAGUCUUCUUGACCACGACUGCCGACAUGGAGACGGUGGAGAUGCUCUAUAAAUGUGGCACUUGUGACUUGACGUUCAAGAACGAGGAUUUGCUUCUCGAGCAUCAGCAGAGCCAUGCCGUAGAGCCGAUGUAUUCUUGCACGGCUUGUGAUAAGACGUUUAAGAACGCCUCAGGACUGUCACACCACCAGCAUACCCACUCCAACGAACGGCCUUAUAAAUGCUCCAUAUGUGAGAAGACGUUUGUGCAACUCUCCAACCUUUUGAUGCACCAGAGAACCCACACUGAAGAGCAACAGCUGAUCCAAACCGAAGCGGAGGUCACCUGCCCACAAACCAUUGAAAUAGUUCAACCGUUUGCAGCAGCCACCCCUCCGGAGGCUGUCGACCGCCCGUACAAAUGCACAGACUGUAACAAAGCCUUCAAAGGGUCUUCAGGACUCCGUUACCACAUGCGAGAUCACACCGGAGAGCGUCCUUACAAAUGUUCGGAGUGCGGUAAAGCUUUCAAACGCUCGUCACUGUUGUCCAUCCACCAGCGGGUGCACACUGGCGUCAGGGCCUUCAAGUGCGCGGAGUGCGGCCUCACGUUCAAAUGGUCUUCACAUUAUCAGUACCACUUACGACUCCACACAGGGGAAAGGCCUUACAGUUGCCCAGAGUGCGGCAAGUCGUUCAAAAACACCUCCUGUUUACGCCGCCACCGGCAGUUGCACACGGGCGAGCGCCCGUUUGCCUGCGUCAUGUGCGGUAAGACCUUCACGCAGACGUCUAAUUUACGGCAGCACGAAAGGACUCACACGGGAGAGAAGCCGUACAAGUGUGAAAAAUGUGAUAAAACCUUUACCCACUCUUCCAAUUUGCAACUACAUCAGCGCACACACUCCACUGACCGACCUUACCGGUGCACGGUGUGCGGCAAAGGCUUUGUCAUGUCCUCUUAUCUUCAGAGACACAUGCGUACCCACGCGGUGGGGGGUGCCGAGUUGGUCGCACAGACGCCGCUUGGAGCUCAGAAUGGACAAGCCCCAGCUGCCACCCCAAAAUUGCACUUUAUAUCUGAUAUGCCCGCAACAUUAAAUCUCGAGGUCUGCAACCAAACCCCUUCGUUAAACCCACAACCCACCUUUUUCUUGGUACAAGUCCCACAGCAGAACGCCCCCAAGCUUAUAUUACUGCCCUCUCAUCAAAUAUUAAACUGCCAGCAGAAGGUACCUGUAGCACCUAGUACUAAUACCAGUCUAGCGACCAUACCAAACAAUGCAGGUCAGAAAAAUCAGCAGAGUAGGGUUUCGCGAAAGAGAGCGAAGCAGAAAACCUCCAUUGCGGUUCCUAAUAUUACGCCCCCGAAUAAGAAUAUUCUCAUUAUGCCAAAUACUAGCCAGGCAUUGCCUAGUGUGCAACCCCUUCAAUUUCAGGCUAUUCAAAGCUUUCCCAGAGCGCAAACGUUAUCCAUGGGGCAGAACAUCAUUUUGUUGCAGAAUGUGACCGAGCAAAGCCCUCUGCAGCUACCAGCGAUGCAAAUAAAUGCAGCGCCGCCUGCUCCGAAAGCCGCCAACGUGCAAAUCCAGCAGGUUUCCAGUCCACAAGAUGUAACCCUUCAAAGUUUAUCUAGCUCUCAGGAAGUAUCGAACCUUCAAAUGAAGACCCUACCACCUCCAGAAGAGAUGUCCAGUAUCCAUGCCCUCUCUAACCCCCAAAACGUACAUAUCCACCAGGAACUACCCAAUGUGCAGCUCCAGCCCAGCCCGAAUGCAGCACACCUUUCAGAUAUCCACAUGCAAGCACUUCAAGAAACGCAAAGUAUCUCCAGCUUACAGGAACGUCAAAACUUGAUCGUCGUGCAGAAUUCCCCAGGGGAGGAGCUGCUAAGCACCAGCGAAAGUGUGGAAGGCUUGCAGUCUAUGGAGGAAGUUCAGGACGUCCAUUUUGAAACCCUUCAGACUGAAGACGGUCUGCAGAACGUCCUGGUGUUGCGGAACGCCGACGGCGAGCAAACGCGUUUGUGCGUGCAAGGAGUGGAGAACCUUCAGGGCUUACAAGACGUUUCGAACGUUCAGCUGCAAGCCAUGUCCAAUAUGCAGGAGGCGGCAAACUCGGCUGGCGAAUGUCAGAAAGUAUUUAUUAUCCAGAGCUCUCAAGGGGAACAGACUCUGCAAGUGGUCGAUAACUUUCAAGGAGAUCAGAAUCUGCACGUGGUAGAAAACAUUCAAGGGCUGCAGGCCGGGCAGAACCAACUGCAAGUUGGGCAGAACCAGCUUCAGAUGCUACCAGGCCUGCAGAGCCACAACACUGUGCAGCUUCCACAGAACAUGCAGCUGAGGACUGUCCCGAGCAGUCAGGGGCUCCAGAACGUACAGACUGUCGGCUCCGGAACCCAGAACGUACAGACCAUCCAGCUACUUCAGAAGAAUACUGUGCAGGGAUUACAGCACGUUUUGCCCUUCAUUCAGAUUGUACAGAGUGCUCCGAAAGUUCAGCUUGUCCAUACUUUCUAAUGUAGGCUGCGUUAAAGGGGUAUUCCGGUUGGUACAAGUUAUCCCCUAUCUCUGGAACUCUCAUAGAAAUGAAUGGAGCGGCCACCCAGGGAAACAACAGAGGGCCCGUUCUCAUGAUUGGUGGGGGUCCCAAUGGUAGGACCCCCACCGAUCUGAUAGUUAUCCCCUAUCCUGUGGAUAUGGCAUAACUUGUACCUACCAGAAUACCCCUUUUAAAGGUUCACCUGUCAGGCCUGUUAUGUUGCCAUCUCAGAGAGGGGUCAAAAUUCUUUAUUUA